UGGGCACGUUGACGUCCAGUACGUCAAUGCGGUAGUAAGUGAACGUUGGAGAGGCGGAGAGCUGCUCUAUCUGUAGGUUAGAGAGGUGGUCUGUGAUCAGACCCGGUUCUACCGUUUCUAAACCGACACCCGAGAGGGCCGCAGAGAUUUACCGGGGAGCCACGGUGAAACACAAAACCAUGGGUAACGCGGAGAGCGGCUGCGGUGGAGGCAGCGGCGACGAGGAAGACGUGGAAACGGAGAGCCCCGGCUUCGCGGAAGACAGUCCGGCCUCUGCGGCCAACGCCGUCGGUGUAGGAGGAGGCGGCGGCGGUGGAGGUGCUGGAGGAGGAGGCUCCAACUCUGGGAGAAGCGGAAGAGGAUCGAAUACCAUACCCGUUCCCACCGGUGGACCACCGAACCCCGGUGUGCUCCUGGAGCAAGUGAAGCUGAGAGAAGCGGCUGCUCGCAUUAGUGACUCAGGUGUCGCCAUUCAGGAGUCUGUCCUCGCUGGGAACGAGGGCGUCCUGGUGCGGUGGCUGGAGGACCGGUUAAACCGAGGAGAGGAGUCCGUCAAUGUGGAGCAGUUCUGCGAGAUGUUGGAGAGCAGAGAUGCACCCAGAGAUGAAUGUGAAGAGGCCUUUGGACAGUUCGAUGCAGAGGGGGAUGGGGUGGUGGAUGUGGAGAGCAUGCUGAUGGCUCUGAAGAACUCCAACGGAGCUAAUCUAAAGGGAGAGCUGAGUCAUGUGAUAAGACAGCUACAGGCGUGCUCCCUAACCCCAGGUUUUGUUGAUAUAUUCUCCAAGACAAAAGACCGGUUAGGGGCACACGCCUCUAAGAUCCUUAAAUUCUUACACAGGAAUCGUAUUCCCAGCAGUUCCAUCCCCUUCCCUAUUUUAGAGGGCUACAACAGUAUCUGCACCAUGAGGUCCAGCGUGGUCCAGGACUUCUUGGAAUUCCUCUUGCAGAAGGAGAAAGAUUUAGAUAUCCAGUACAGAGCAGAGCUGGACCGUGAUCCGGAGGUGGAUAAAGUCAAGGUGGUCACGCAGUGCUACAGCACAAUAGAAUCUUCGUCCAAUGUUGCAGACAUUUACAAGAUGACAAAUGGGGAAACUGCAUCUUUCUGGCAGUCGGACGGCAGUGCACGCUCGCACUGGAUAAGAUUGAAAAUGAAACCAGACGUGGUUUUGAGACGUCUGGCCAUCGCCGUGGCUUCUAAUGACCACAGCUACAUGCCUCAGCUGGUAUCCGUUGCCGUCGGGAAAAACCGGCGUUCCCUGCAGGAGAUCAGAGACAUCCGCAUCCCCAGCAAUGUCACAGGCUACGUAGCCCUCUUGGAGAAUGCCAACAUCACACACCCCUACAUCCAAAUCAACAUCAAGCGGUGCCUGAGCGACGGAUGCGACACACGGAUUCAUGGCUUGAAGACGCUGGGAUAUCAGAUUACCAAGAGUAAAGAGGUGUCUGUCUCGGACGCUUCAGCCAUCUGGUACCUGUCUCUCCUCACCUCCUUGGUCACGGCAUCCAUGGAGACCAACCCCGCAUUGGCUCAGACUGUCCUUCACAGCACACAAAAAGCCUUACAGCACAUGCCACCGUUGUCCCUAACACCAUCGUCCACAGAGUUCCCCAAGUUCUUCUCUUUGAACAUCCUGGAGGAGGUGGAUGGAUUUCUCCUCAGGAUAGCAGACUGCUGUGUGAGUCCUGAUGCCGAGUUGACCCUCCUGGCCUUCGCUCUGGCCAGAGGCAGCGUUGCAAAAGUGCUCCAAGCCUUGUCCUGCAUCAGCGACCAUUUAGAGACCGAGUACAAGGCCUCCUCCCUCAUCGUGUCCAUGGCCUCCGUUAGGCUGCGACUACUUAAUCGCAACGGGAAGCCCCUCCAGUUGCACCUACAGGCCUGUGAUGUGAAGAGUAAAGAGGAGAAAUCAGGACCAGAGAACAUGCUCACAGAAUCAUCCACUGGAGACGGUUUUCUCACAGAAAGCAGCAGGAAGAAAGCCAGUGUGAUCCUGUCAACAGAGGACCAGAGUAACUUCCAGGUCACUCAGAUGAAGAUCAAAGUGCGAAAAGGAACCAUCGGAGCAAAAUGCGGCUUGGUGUUUGCGUACAAGGAGGAAGACCCUUUUGAUGCAGAGAAACAUUUCAAGAGGUUCAAAAAGUAUGACUCGUGGGACUACAAGGACUACAAAGAGUUUGUGCAAGACAAUGUGAAGAUUCCAACCCAGUCGGAGGACGAGCCGAUUGGCUGGUUCGAGCUCGAGGAUGACUGGAACGACGUGGAGAUCAAGCUGCAGCAGUGUCGCGUUGCAAAGUUCCUGAUGGUGAAAUUCCUCUGCACCAGGCAGGACUCUGCUGAGCGCCUGGGAGUGCAGUCCCUCAGCUUCAGUGGCUACCUGUGCCCCGGGCCAGAGAGGCUCGGAGACCUGGACGACCUCAGUCCAGAGGGGGAGAGCUUCGACUGUGAUGCUGUCACCGGCCUUUGUCUACUUAACAAGACACUAUUCUUCAUACAGCAGCUUACACGAGACAUGGAUGCCUCUCACUUCAAGCAGAAGUAUCUUCUGGACUUCAGUGGUCUCGCUCUGAACCUCUUCUGGACCUUCUACAGUAAACUCGGGAAGAUUGACGGAGAGGAGGUGUUGAAGAGCAGAGUUCUGCUGCUCCAGCUGAUGCAGAACUGUUUCCCCAUGCUGCCCAACCCACUGGAGCCCCGGGGCCCAGAGGAGAGCAAAGGGCCCGACGAGGGAGCCGCAGCAGCGGCUUGUCCAUCCACGUCCAGCAGUGCAGAGCCUCUGUCUGACUCUGUCAGGGCAGUCAAUGAACUCUACACUCACCUCUGCCACAUUGUGGACGGUCCAGAGGGUGAGACAUCAGUGGAAAAAGCUCUGCACAAGGAAGCAGUUAAAUCCAUUCUUAAUGGAGCAGCUGUUUUCUUCCCCGAUAAACACAUCAGGCGGGACAAACUCUUCCACAUGAUGAAAAAUAUCACCGAACAGGAUCAGCCAGAGUCAGUGAAGGUGACGUUUGAAUCGCUUUGUAAUUACUUCAGUGACCAGGAUCCAAGUGGCCUUCUCCUGCUCCCACCUAAAGGGGCUCCCGCGGACUUUGACAUCAGCCCCAUUCUGUCAGUUAUGGAGACGUUGCUGCUGGUGGCAACAAGAGAGUGUGAGGUGAUGAUGGUGGAUGAGAACAGUGGAGCCAGCAGGACGGUGUUGCUGUCCUUGUUCUGGGCUCUGCAGGGCAGUCUGAUCUCCUGGUGCUACCUACAGCUCAAAGGAGGAGCCGCCACCACUAUCGCCAUGGAGCUGGCCAGAGACAUCCUUCUAAAAUACGUGGAUCAGUUCCUCGGAAGUAUCAAAGGUGUCCUCGGUUCGCUGCUGGGGAGGUACACUGGUGCUCAAAUUACUGACAAACUAGGCAGCUCCAUCCUAGCCACAGUCUUCAGACAACUGAUGAUUUUACUCCUGGAGCUGUGCUCUUUGGACAUCCCUCACAGCGUGCUGCUGAAGAGCUUCUCCUCUCUGGUCGAGCUGCUCAAAAGCCUGUCCAGUGAUACUGGAGACAUCUUUUCUAAGGCGGAUCAGGAGAGCUGGCACCAGCCCCAGCAACCAGUGGUGCUGAGGACCUGGAGCAUGGAGUCCCCUCACAACUAUGAGAAUAGCCGCCACGAGACCAGCAUCUUUGCCUGCCCUGGUGCUACCUCCUUUGAGGUGGAGUUUGAUGAACGCUGUGAGACAGAGAAGAGAUACGACUACCUAGAGUUCACAGAUUCUAGAGGUGGGAAGGUCCGCUAUGACAUGAAGGUUGGAAGUGAAAAGUGGCCAAAGAAGGUGACGUUUGACGCGGGCCCUCAACUCCAGUUCCUCUUCCACUCUGAUAGCAGUAAUAACGAGUGGGGUUACAAGUUCACUGUGACGGCCCUGGGUCUGCCAGAUAUCACUAUUUCUUGGAUGUCAGACCUGCAGCUGCUGGUGGCUCGCCUGAUGGGUCGCCUUGCUUCCAGAACCCUCGCCUUGAAAUCCCCCCACGAGAUACGUACUGUUAAAGAGCUUCCACCAGGGAAAAUGUCCCACGUUCAGUCUUCUCCUUUAUGGAAACCCAUUCUGCGACACGGGUUGUGUGAAACAAGGGAGACGAUUCAGAUCAAAACACCCACAGACCAGACAAAUGCAUGGACGCUUGAUGAGUUAAUGAGCUUCCUGGAGGACUUUGCCCGUUGGAAUCCUUCCCUGGAACCGACAGACAGCAGGACGAAGCUGAUGAAGACCCUCAUGCAGUCCUGCAGAAAACAGCCAAUGAGGAACGAGAUUGCUGCCGGGUCAAAGACAGACCAGGCUGUGAAUGCCAUCUGGUCGGCCAUGGUGUACCAUACACCGGCCCUCAACCAUGCCCUGAGGACCUAUGUUAAUCAGGACUGCAAAUCCUGUUUAAAUGAAGAGUUUGUGCAGGUGUAUUCAUUGGCAGACAGCAUCAGAACGUGGAUGUUGGAGAUGAAACAGAGAUACCUAGUUAGCAAAAUGAACGUUCCUGACGAGAAGGAAGGGGGUCACGAUGAGGUUUCCAUGGAGACGCUAGCUGAGACAUGCAUCGAGAAGAGCCUCCUGCUCUUCAGAUUCACCCCUUGUGGAGUACCGUACCAGGACAACGACUCUUCCAAAGCUGCAGAGGGCUGCCGCGCUCCAUUCCUCCGCUCUAGCUCCAUCUCGGAAGGGGACUUCCAGGCCAGCUGCACUCAGGGACCUCAGACUGCAGGCUGCGAGGAGGGCGUGGACGCCAGGGCAGAACAGAGCCAGCCCCCCGGUGCUCAAGCGCAAAACUCAUCUUCUUGUGGACACGGCAGACAAGGCCACAGAGGCUCCACAGAGAGCAUCUCCUCCCAGACAGGGGAGCCGGCCUCGCCCUCCGCCCUCUCCCGCAAAGCCCCGUUCAGCCGGGCCCGCCUACGCCUCCUGUCCUGUCGAUCUAUAGAAGAGCCUCGCAUGACCCCCUCUGUCAAGGAUCGCUACCCAAUACUCAAACACAUCCUGAAUUUUAUAAGGGACCAGGCUCUCACAACAGCAAGCAUUCUGCAGACCCUGGCCCUGAGCAAAGCCCAGGCUCUGAGUGUGUGCAAGGUCCUGGAGAUGGUUCAGCAGUGUUUACAUUCCCUGGGAAGGCCUCACCUCUUCCAAGCCCCCUGCAUCCUGUUCCUACAGGAGCUGCUGGCAUGCCAGAAAGACUUCACCAGUUACUUCUCUCAGUUGUCGGACAGCGGGCAGAAGCUCGGAGAGGAGGUGAGGCGUUCCUACCAUCAGCUGGUGCUCAUGCUGGUGGAGGCAGUACAAGGCUUCAGCAGCCUCAACGAGAAAGCCCUGCUACCAGCCCUGUCGUGUGUGCAGACCUGCUUGUUGCACCUUCUAGACAUGAGCUGGGAGGUACAUGACCUUCCUCUCUUCCUGGAUAUCAAGCUUCCUGACCUCCUGCUCAGCAUGUCCCAGGAGAACAUCAGUGUUCAUGACAUCGCCAUCAGUCAAUGGACAGAAGAGGAUGAAAUCGCAGACUACAAGAAGAACCAGGAGUGGAUGGAUGAGUGCAUGGACGGGAUGUUUGAGAAGUGGUACGACAAAAUCGAUGAAGAGGACUCCAUGGAGGACAGGAGAAAGAUGCACAUGUUCAUUGCACGCUACUGUGACCUGCUCAAUGUGGUGAUCUCCUGCGACGGCUGUGAGAGGAUGGCACCUUGGCACCGCUACCGAUGUCUGCAGUGCAUGGACAUGGACCUCUGCAAGACCUGCUUCCUCAGCGGUGCCAAGCCUGAGGGCCAUGAAGAUGACCACGAGAUGGUGAACAUGGAAUACGCCUGUGACCACUGCCAGGGGCUCAUUGUGGGCAGCAGGAUCAACUGCAACGUCUGUGAAGACUUUGACCUGUGCUUUGGUUGUUACCAUGCAAAGAAGUACCCCGACAGCCACCUGCCCACCCAUCGGAUCACGGUGUACCCCAUGGUGACCAUACGAAUCAGUGACCGCCACCGCUUGAUCCAGCCCUACAUCCACAACUACUCCUGGCUACUGUUUGCUGCUUUGGCCCUCUACACGUCAGAACUGAGCAGUCAGAAGCGGAUGGAGGGAGAGUCUUUGGAGUGCAGCACCUUGAGCCAGGCCUCGGCCCUGCAGACACACUGCUCCCAACUCAUCACUGAUUGUUUGCUGAAGGGGCAAACUGGCAAAGGUCUACGUUCCUCGGCCUUGCUCGCCCUGCUGUCGUCCAACGAAUCGGCUUCUGAUAGUGAGCUGUGUCCGGUCUCUCCAGAGUCCUCUCAGGAGCUCAGCACAGCCACCAACACCUCCCUCCCCGGCAGCACCGCAGCAAUCUGCUCCCCGUCGUCUCCCAGGGACAAGAAUAAAGAAUCAGGUAAGGAGAACAAAACAAAGGAGGUGGGCUCUCCUCCCCCGGCUCCUUCAGCAGAGGUGACACCCCCCUUAAGCACUGGAGAGGGGGAGAAACUGAAGCUGGUUACCCAGGACACCCUGGACUCCUCCAGCCUCAGCCAGACGCCUUCUGUGUCCAGUGAGGACCCCCUUUCUCCUGUGGUCCGCCCUUCAGAGUCUGGUCCAGGAGCAGUCAACUCUCCAGCAUCUGACGUCAUCAAGGAGACAGACGAGAGGCUGCCCCAGGUUCCCCUUCAGGAGCAUGUGUUUUCAGAGUGCUCCAGAGAGAGGAUCCUGGGACUGCUAGCAGCCAUGCUGCCACCAGCCAAACCAGGCAACACCCUGUCUCUGCCCAGUCUGAACUCCAUCCUGCCCAAGCUGUUCAGGGCAGUCAUUUCCAACGCUGGCUCUCUCAACGAGACCUACCACCUCACCCUGGGACUACUGGGUCAGCUGCUGCUCCGAAUCCCUCCGACGGAGGCCGACACUGCCGUCACAGAGGCCCUGGCUGACAAAUACGACUUGCUAGCACAAGGAGAGGCAGCCAGUUCAGACACCCAGGGCUGGAAGACCACCCAGCUGCUUUUCAGCCUGGGGGCCGUCUGUUUAGACAGUCGUAUCGGUCUGGAUUGGGCGUGCACAGUGGCAGACAUUUUACACAGUCUGAAUGCUUGUCUUGAGUGGAGCACAGUCAUCGCCGCCUUCACUGACCACUGUAUCCAGCAGCUGCCACAAACCCUCAAACGCACCAACCUCUUCACCCUGCUGGUGCUGGUGGGCUUCCCUGAGGUGCUGUGUGUGGGAACCCAGACGGUGUUUAUUGACAACGCCAAUGAGCAGCACAACAUGAUCUUGCUCAAACACUUCACAGAAAAGAACCACGCCGCGGUGGUGGAUGUUAAGACACGCAAGAGGAAAACAGUGAAGGACUACCAACUCAUCCAGUCUCAGGAUUCCACUGCAGGUGGUCUCCCAGGGCAGAUAGAGAGCCAGGACUCCCCGAAGACCCUGCUCAGCCGCUACCUGAUCAAUUUCACCUCCAUCAUCAGCCACCUGCUGCAGGCCAGCCAGGACAAUGGCUCUCCUGAUGCUGUGGAGGCGUCCUGGGUUCUUUCCUUGGCCCUUAAAGGCCUCUACAAUACACUGAAGAAACAUGGAGUAGAGCAAGCCCAGGAGGACAUCCAGCAGUCGGGACUGACCCAGCUGCUGGUGAGGAAGUGCAGCAAAGGGACAGGCUUCAGCAAGCUGUGGCUGCUGCGAGAUCUAGAGAUCCUCUCCAUCAUGCUCUACUCCUCCAAGAGGGAGAUCCACUCCAUGGCCCAGGACCCAGAGCGAGACCAAAGAGAGCAGGACAAGGAGCACGACUCCGACCACUCCAGCUGCGGCCCCGACGAGACCGACGUCAACAAGCCCGACCCUUUAGAGGGUCUCGACGAGGAGACAAAGAUUUGCUUCCAGAUCACCCACGAUGCCUUAAACGCCCCUCUGCCCAUCCUGCGAGCCAUGUACGAGCUGCAGAUGAAGAGAACGGACUCCUUCUUCCUGGAGGUUCAGAAGAGAUUUGAUGGAGAAGAGAUAAAAACAGAUGAGACAAUUCGGACGCUGGCUCAGAAGUGGCAACCAAACAGGCGGCCUCGCUCUGAGGAGAGGAACACCAAGGCCGUGGACACUGAUAUGAUCGUGGUGUCAUGCGUGUCUAAACCCAGUCACUGUGAAAAGGCCACAGAGGAGAUCAACGUAGUGGCCCAGAAGCUCAUCACGAAUUCAGAGACUGACUUGCAGCUCAGCUACGCCAAACAGAGGCGCACCAAAAGUUCAGCUCUCCUGCACAAGGAGCUGGACGUGCGCAGCAAUCGGGCAGUCCGUCAAUACCUGGUGAAGGUCAACCAGGCCAUCGCCACGCUGUACGCCCGCCACGUGCUGGCCUCGCUCCUGGCCGACUGGCCCGCGGAGGCGGCGCUGAGCGAGGAGGCCCUGGAGCUGAACGGCGCCUCGCACAUGGCCUAUAUCCUGGACAUGCUGAUGCAGCUGGAGGAGAGGCCGCUCUGGGAGAAGAUUCUCCAGAGGGUGCUGAAGGGUUGCAGCCAGAGUAUGCUGUGCAGUCUGUCCCUCACUGCUUGCCAGUUCAUGGAGGAGCCGGGCAUGGCCGUGCAGAUCAGGGAGUCCAAACACCCAUAUGACAACAACACCAACUUUGAGGACAAGGUGCACAUCCCAGGGGCCAUCUACCUGUCAGUAAAGUUUGACUCCCGCUGCUACACAGAGGAAGGCUGCGAUGAGCUCAUCAUGUCCAGCAGCAGUGAUUUCCUCCAGGACGUCCACAACUUCAGUGGCUCCCCUCAGAAGUGGUCCGAUUUUGAGAUUCCCGGUGAUACCCUGUACUACAGAUUCAUGUCAGAUAUGAGCAACACAGAGUGGGGCUACAAGUUCACCGUCACAGGAGGCCACAGAGGGCGUUUCCAGACAGGUCGGCCAGGUCGUCACCCUCUCUGCCUCUCUUUUGCUCGCCUCCAAUCAGGUUUUGAGAUACUGAAGCAAAUGUUAGCAGAUGACCAAGUGCUCGGUCACCUGCCACUGGCUGACAUCUGGGAGUGGCAGGUGGGCGUGGCCUGUCGCCAGACGGGGAACCAGCGACUGAAAGCCAUUCACUUGUUGCUCCGCCUCCUGCAGUGUCAGUCCCAGACAGCCUGUGAGCUGACGCUGCUGCGACCUCUGUGGCAGCUCUUCAUGACUAUGGAAAACAGCCUGAGCCAGGAUCCCACCAGUAUCACCGUGCUGCUGCCUCUUCACCGAGCCCUCACUGAACUCUUCUUCAUCGCAGAGGCCCGUGCCAUUGCUCAGGGCAUCCUCCAGGAGUACUUGUUAGCCAUGACUACGGACGAGACGCUCCUCAAUCACACCGCAAUGGCUCUGAAGAACAUCGCUGCCAUCAGCCUGGCUAUCAAUUACCCCAAUAAAUCUACCAAGCUGCUCAACAUGUCCCCUUGAGAGGUCCACUGAGAGAGAGAGGAGGAGAACAACCGGAAAAAGGGGGACGCGUCCUGACUCAGCUGAACGAGGGGACGGGGAGGUGAGGGAGGAAAAGCUCCCCGACCAUCCAGUGCUUUCCUUCUAAAGGGACCCCCUCCACGCCGGUAACUCUCAGCAGCACUCUGGUCCGGAGCUGUGGAGGGGUACUCCGAGAGCACUUUCCACACUUACUCACAAUCCUUUUUGCCUUAGGUUAAACCGGUAUAUCAGCAUGUGCAUUCACUGGAACAGGAACAAUUGCGGGGUCUCUCUUUCUUUUCUGUUUUUUAAGUUUUUUACUUGAAGAUGCUAAAGGACAUGAAGUGUGCCAAAUUCGCGACCUUCAAGGGGAAGUAUAUUCCUUUUUUUUCUGCCUUUGUUCCUCCUUAAAAGCAGCCACUCUGGGUUACAUAGUUGAUCAUGGUGAAAACAGGUCACCAUGGCGACUUGCGUGUCUCUGUGGACAUGUAAAGCAUCCUAAAAAUACUGUCCAGGACAGUGGAGUCUCAUUAGUCACCAUGGGGAGAAAGUGCUGACCUACUAGCUCAUUCCACUCCUUCCUUCCUUCCUUCCCUCCCUCCUUCUAUCAUUUGAUCUACACCUCCUUUCUUCCUAGCCACCUUCAUUAUUUACUUCUUUCCUUUUCUGACAACAGUAGUAGAUGAUGAUAUUUUUUGUUUUAGGGCUCCUGUUGAAGGGAAGGAUCGGUAUAUCAUCACAGAUAUCCGAACCAUAUAUCUGAUCUGCGACUUUCUGUCAUGAUGACACGUGUAAUGUGCACUAAGACCCGCUUCAGAACUGCUGACAGUUUGAUCGGGCCGAACGGGAUUAAGAUGAUACUCAAAUAGCCAUAGUCUUUGCAUAGGAUGAGAAUUAUCAUUACAGCUGAGGGAAAACUGUGAUAAUAUACUAUUGCAAUGCAUUCCUCCGUGUUAUUCUAUCAAUAUGUUGAAGUAUUUUCACUCCAUUACUAGUGAAUGAAUGAACGACCAUUAUGAUGUCAAAUGAAGAUGAAUAACAGCAAACAAAUCAUAGAGAAACCCCGAAUCUCUUAAAGGCCUUCAGUUUUAUCCACUGAUUUAUUUAUUAUUAUUUUAUCUAAUGUAUAAUUACAUUCAUUUUUCACAGCAGUGAAAGAAACAAUUCUCAUAAAUUAUAGUGUAUGACACUAUCAUGUGCCCAUCAUACUUGCCAACCUUGAGAUCUUAAAUAUAGGGAGGAUUUAAAAGCAGGCGUUCGGUGGGUCCUCCCCCAGAACAAUUUCAGUUUCAGAGACCUUGUUUCCUGCAUUUUGGUGACUUAAAGAAUUUAAAUAACAAAAUAAUAAGUACGUUGCAACGGCAUUUUUAUGUUAAACUUUUGAUUUUACCUUUAAUUCUCAGGAAAGAAAACUGAAUGAUUCGCCCCUUCUGGCGUAAACCAAUAUUCAUCAGUUUUUAGUCAUUCAUUUUUUGCCCCUGCUUGAUUAUUUCUUUCAGAUUUCAAUUUCUCCGUCUCUCACUCACUGAAGGUCCUUUCAGACGCAACGGCACCACCGCGCUCUGAAACCCAUUAUUUCCAACGGCUUGCGCCGCGCCACUGCAGCUUUUUCACUACAUCGAGCAAAGCCAGACUUUGGGCGCUGCACGCUGUGGCGAGCGCACAAACCCCAAGGAAGUGCACCGGGCUGUGAAGCAAAUUUUUGUAGUGGCCAAACGGCGGUACAACAACUUCUGUGUCCGUCAUGUGAUGCCGUCAUGUGAUGCCGACGUCCGUAACUCAGCGGAUCAUUUUUUUUAGGUAAAUCAACUUCCCAGUACGAACACUUGAAUAGCCCUUAUUUAAAUUAUUAGGUCUUAAAAAAUU